AUGCAAACCGGUGUGAAGAUCCUUUUGCGUCCUAUGUAUGCGUCAAACGAAGAUAUUCACAAUGAAGAUUGGAUUCUAGUGUCCAAUACAUCACCAGUAAGUCAAGCUGCGAGUAAUCUUGAAAGAUUUUCUGAUGAAUCAUCGACAUGUUCAACGUGUUCAACUACGUCAACGUCAACCACAAAUUCAUCAUCGGAUAUUUCAACACCAACGUCAUCAAAAACGUCUCGAAGUUUAUCGUUAGCAUCUAUUUCAUCGACAGAAUUCGAUUAUAGUCCCAUCAAUGAUGAACAUUCAAGCAUUUCGCAUGAUAAUAAACCAAAUCUAAUCGAAAGUAAUUUGAUACCUCUUUGUGUCACAUUUGACGAGUCGAAUAUGGAUGAAAUUGAAGGUUCUGAUGAAAUAACACCAGUACUUGAGAAUAACAACAGUGUUAUUAGUAAUUCAUCUGUUAUAAGUGAACAAAAUACUUCUUUAAGUGAUCGUUCAUUUUCAUUCACUUCAAACAAUGAUGAUAAUGACAAUAAGUUAUCCUGUAACGAUUAUUCUCAUCAAUCAUCUUCAUUAAUCGAACAAUCGGAGAGUUUGUUAUCAUCAGAUGCCGAUAGUUCCAAUGAUAUGGAUACCACAAAUAAAUCUCAUCAAAAUAAUGCUAGUAUCAUUUCAUUAACUGAUUCAGAUAAUGCCAUUAACAUCAGUGAUGAACAAGAUGAUAUUAAUUCUACGUCCAACCCUCCAAUUUUAUCUUCACCAGUACAACUCAAUGAUUUAUCAUCAAUUGAUGAUUUUCAACUACUGACUGAACUUUUAUCUCAAAAUCCACUAAACCUUUCAAAUGACACUGUUAUUACUAUAUGCAAAAAUGAAGAUGAUGAUCCAUCUCUAUCGUCAUCAAUUAAAUUGUCAAAUGCGUUACGUCGUCGUACGGGACCUCAUGUUCGUCAGACAAGUGCGCGUUUUGAUGAUGAUCUUGGUUCUGAAGAAAAGUCUCCUAUGGAUGAAUCAGUAGUAGAAAAUGGUCUCGGUUCAGUAAUUACUUCUGAGAAUAUUCCCGUUGUGCAUGAUGUGCUGUUAUUAGAAGAACAAACAACAAAAAAAACAGUACCAGUAGUGUCUGAAGAUGAAGACGAAGUUGACGUUUCUUCAAAGUGUUAUCGUGAAAUAAGAAAUUACCUUCAUUAUAACGCGAGAAGACAUGAAUCAUCUCAACGUUUCACUAUCUCACUUGAUCUUCUUGUUUUUAUUGCUUUUGUGGCUGCAUUUUUCUUGGGUAUUGGUCACUUAAAUGGUUCAUCUCGUAUUUCUCAUUUGACUAAAAAAUUAGCUGAUGCUGAAGAAAACAUUCAUGGCUAUAAAACAAAUGAAAAAUUACUAAUGUCUGAAGUUAGUCAAAAAAUAUCCAAAAUGUAUGAUGAAAAAGUCAAUGAAAUGAUCAUACGCAAUUUACAAGAGAAAUUAGAACAACGUGAAAAUGAAAAAGCAAACUUAUUAAACUAUAUUGACAAUCUACAAUUUAUGUUUAAUUUAACUCAGAUAAAUUUGACAAAAUCUUUUGAUAUGUUAAAACAAGAUCAUGAUCAAUUGAACCGCGAUAUGAAAUUGUUACAAGAACGGAUAAAUACGACUGAAAAACAGUAUGCACAGUGUAUGAAUCUGGUGAAAAAGAAUCUCUCGUCGUCAUCUAAAUGUGAUGGAAUUGAUUGUGACGUUGACAAUGAUUCCAACAAAUCAAUAUUUGAAAAAAUUGUACAGAAAACUUCAACAAUAAUUGAUUUCAACAAUGACACAAUAUUGUCAAAUUUUGUUUCAUCUGUUAAUUCAUUUGUCGAUAAACGUCAACAGUAUGUAGAGGAUUUAAAAUCAAAAUUGCAUCGGUUUAAUUCGGAUCAUAAUAAAAAUAUUCGUACAACAUUAACAAAUAUCAAAGAAGAUUUAACAUCAUCCAUUCAACAAAUGCAAAACACCUAUUCAGAUUGGUUAUUUUCAAGAGCAACUCAGCGUAAACAAUUACGUACAGAAUUGGAUGAAAAACAAGGAGAACAACAACGUAAACCAUGGCGAUGGACAUUUCGACGGAGUACAUUACGUGAACGUGAACGAUCAUCACCAUCAUGGAAAAACACAUUAUUAACAGAAAACCCAAAAAUGACAACAGUUAUGGAUGACGAUGAUACCUUUGAAGAUGAUGAUCGAUACGAAGCUCUUACUCUACCUCCAGAAGUUCAACAAGCAAUUGAUCAGAUCUUACCAUGUACGGAAGAUAUUGAUAAACCUGAUUUUAAUCCUGUCGAUUAUAUAAAUCAAAAAUUUCCAACAGAACAAUCUUUGGCAAAUAUUGAUGAUGCUAUUUUGAAUAUUAAAUCAAAUAUUAGGCAUUUAGAUAAUGAUAUUCGUUUGGUUAUACGUGGUCAUGCUGGUAAUGAAAUAGAUGAGCAUAAAGCACUCGAAGAAGCACAAAGUUCAAUAUUAUUGUUAUUUCAACAAAUGCGUGAAAUUAAAGAAAAAGCCGAUAAAUCAGAAGAAAUGGUAAAAGAAAUUACGCGAGAUAUCAAACAAUUGGAUGUGGCAAAAAAGAAUUUAACAAAUUCAAUAACAACUUUAAAUCAUUUACAAAUGCUCAUAGAAGGAAUUGAUAAAAUCGAAGCUGCUACAAAGAAAAAAUCUUAUGGGGAAAUAGCCAAUCUUUUACAUCAAGUUAUUAGCGUUCUCGAACAUUUUCAACCGUAUAUGACCAUACCGCAAAUUCAAGAAUUAGCUACAAAUGUAAAAGAUUUAACCGCUCAAAUUACUGUACAAGUUCGUAAAGAAUGUGAAGAUGCAUUGAGCGGUCCAAAUGCAAAAAAUUUUACACCAAAUCAACAUUUUUCUGAUGUAUGUAAAAUAAUCGAUGUUAUUGAUCCUAAAAUUAGACUUGAAGUUAUUAAUUGGUUUUUGAAAACACAUUUAUCUGAAUAUACUGUAUUAUAUCAAGAGUCUCAAGAGUUAGCUUGGUUAGAUAAAAUUGAUCGUCGUUAUGCUUGGCUCAAACGUUCACUCGUUGAAUAUGAUGAAAAACAUUCAAAAAUAUUUCCAGUACAUUGGGAAAUGGCCGAACGAUUAACUGUUGAAUUUUGUAAAAUAACUAGACGUGAACUAGCCAAUAUAAUGUUAAAACGUAAACAUGAAAUUGAUGUUAAAUUGUUAAGAUUUGCCAUUGAGAAAACUGUUGCAUUUGAAUCAAUUGUUGAAAAACGUUUUCAUGGUCGUACACUUAAUUCAAAUAAUCCUAUUACAUCUCAUCUAAAUUUAAACGAUCCAGCAGUGAAAACAACUGUUACAGAUAAUGAUGAACUAUUACAAAAUCCUUUACAAUCAAAAACAUCACCAUUUCAAGGUAUUAUUUCACAAUGUUUUGAAGAUCAUCUAGAUAUUUAUAUACAAGAAUUAGAUAGAAGUUUAGCUGAACAAAUACAAAAAUUUAUUGAUGAUUUAAAAAAAGAAGGUUAUCCAUCGUUUGAGGGAGGAGAAGAUACAAGCAAUGUAUUACAGAGUAGUGCAGAUUUAUUUGUUUAUUUUCGUAAUUGUCUUGUACAAUGUUCAAAAUUAAGUACUGGACAACCGUUAUUAUUAUUAGUUCAAACAUUUCAAAAAUAUUUAAGAGAAUAUGCUAAUCGAAUUUUAAAUGCAAAUUUACCAAAAACAAAUACAAGUGCAUCAACAUUAGCAACAGCGACUAUUCUUUUACAAAAUAUUCCAAAUAUUGCUAAUAUGCUUCGAGAAGGUGAAACAAUAGCAAAAUUAAAUGAACCGGAAAUAUGUCGUUCAUGUUCGAUAUUAUGUACAGCUGAAUAUUGUGUUGAAACAAUUCAACAAUUAGAAGAGAAAAUGAAAGAAAAAAUAAACAAAACAUUAGUAGAAAAAAUAAACUUUGAAUCUGAGAGAAAUGUUUAUAAAACAACGAUAGGACAUUGUAUUCAAAUUUUGAUACAGGAUCUUGAAAAUGCUUGUGAACCAGGUCUAACUGCAAUGACAAAAUUAUCAUGGCAAACAAUUGAAACGGUUGGCGAUCAAAGUAUGUAUGUUACAUCAAUUAUUAAUCAUUUAAAAACAAUAGUACCUAUUAUUCGUGAUCAUCUUGUCUCUUCACGAAAAUAUUUUGCACAAUUUUGCAGUACAUUUGUUAGCUCAUUUAUACCAAAAUUUAUUAAUCAUUUAUAUCGUUGUAAACCAAUUAAUAUGAUUGGUGCUGAACAAUUAUUAUUAGAUACACAUUCACUCAAAACUGUUUUAUUAGAUCUUCCUAGUAUAAGUUUAACUGUUUCUCGUAAAGCACCUCAAAAUUUUACAAAAAUUGUUCUCAAAGGUAUGACAAAAGCUGAAAUGAUAUUAAAAGCUGUUCUAACACCACAUGAUUCAACAAAAGCGUUUGUAGAAAAUUAUUUACGUUUUAUGAAUGAUACAGAUGUGGGAGCAUUUCAAAAAGUAUUAGAAAUGAAGGCUAUUCGAAAACCAGAGCAAACACAACUCAUUGAAAUGUUUAAAAAAAUGCAAAUAUCAUCAUCAGUCAAUACUGAUACAUCAUUAUCUGAGCAGCAAAAGUCACGAAGAAAAGAAUAA